GAUGUGGUUGACGUUCGAUUCGGACUCGAAUUGGACCCUGCAUCGGACGGACUCGAUGGUAUCGCUCUGCUACCGAUCUCUCACCAGCUAUAUCACAGACGAUAACCUCGCUGGUCUCCAGAACUUCCUCGAGAACAAGAGAGUGCAGGUCGACGACCGAGACGAGAAUGGUAGCACAGCCCUCAUCCUUGCAGCGAGUAAAGGAAGGAUACACUUUGUGCGAGAACUCGUCAACCAUGGAGCAGACGUUAACGCCGAAGAUGGGGACAACUGGACGGCGUUGUUGUGCGCAGCAAAGGAGGGUCACACCGAUGUCUGCCUUGAAUUACUUGAACAUGGGGCCGAUUUGGAACAUAGAGACAUGGGAGGGUGGACGGCACUCAUGUGGGCGACAUACAAGGGUAGGUCACCGACGGUGACGAUGCUGCUGGCACGAGGAGCUGACGUCAAUGCGCACGGAAACUUUCAUAUAUCUUCCUUGUUAUGGGCGGCGGGCAGGGGUUACCCUGACAUUGUUAAGGAUCUCAUUGCUCAUGGUGCUAAAGUUAAUGUUGGCGAUAAGUAUGGUACUACAGCGCUGGUGUGGGCGUCGCGUAAAGGAAAUGUAGAAAUUGUAGAUACUCUGUUAAAGGCUGGUGCUAACGUCGAUACCGCUGGCAUGGUAAGCACCAUCGAUAAUUAUAUACAUUUUUACUUAAUUACUUUACAGUAUUCAAAGGACGGUUGCACGGCCCUAGCGUUAGCUUGUCGGGAGGGACAUCACGAGAUAGCUAACGCACUUUUGAAUGCUGGCGCGUACGUGAAUAUCCAGGACCGAGCUGGCGACACGAACUUGAUUCAUGCUGUGAAAGCUGGUCAUAGAGGAGUGGUUGAAUCUCUAUUAAAGAAGUACGCGGACGUGGACAUCGCCGGAAAGGAUAAGAAAACCGCAACUUACAUAGCAGUAGAAAAAGGCAAUAUACCGAUAUUAAAAUUGUUACUAAACGCUAACCCAGACUUGGAGAUCGCGACGAAAGACGGCGACACGCCAUUACUGCGGGCAGUUAGGUCGCGGAACGGUGAAAUCGUGCAAUUAUUGCUGGACAAGAAAGCGAAGGUUUCGGCGACCGAUAAAAAGGGCGACACGGUACUUCAUAUAGCCAUGCGCGCGAGAUCGAAAGCCAUCGUCGAAAUAUUACUGAGAAAUCCGAAAAAUAGCCAGCUGCUUUACCGUCCUAAUAGACAAGGCGAGACACCGUACAACAUUGACAUUAACCAUCCAAAGACGAUUAUUGGGCAAAUAUUUGGUGCACGACGUCUUAACACUAAUGAGGAUAAUGAAAAUAUGCUAGGUUAUGAUUUAUAUAGCAGUGCAUUGGCAGACAUUCUUAGCGAACCGUCACUUUCAACGCCUAUAACAGUCGGCCUUUACGCAAAAUGGGGUUCUGGGAAGUCUUUUUUAUUGAAUAAGUUGAAAGAGGAAAUGAAGAACUUUGCUCGUCAGUGGAUAGAUCCUGUGUUCCAAUUCUCGUUCUUACUUUUCGUAGUGGUAUCUCACGUGUCCCUGUUAGUGGGUAUCACCAUAGGUCUUGCCCUACAAUCAUGGAUAGCUGGUCUUGCCUGCGGUAUUAGUCUUAUUAUUACUACGUACGCUUUUCUGAUACUUAUCUGGUAUGCUAAUAAGAGAUAUGAUUGGUACUGGCCGUACAACUUCACAGUAGCUCUAACCACGAAGUUAAAUUCGUUGAAGUUAUUGCUACAAGUGAUAUUCUGUCAUCCUCCCGGUACCCGAGUUCACGACGACGUCACUGUCCAACCGAUAAAGUUCUAUUUCACUGAUCAAACCAGAGUAGGGACAACAUCUGCUGGAGAAAAUGCUGUAGUACGAAUGGUGGGAUCUCUGUACGAUUCCAUUGAAAACGAUUAUGGCUCUCUGUCCACGAGAUUAUACAGAGCAUUCAGACCGAAACCUGAUAAAUCGACCACAACUUGGAAGUGGCGUCAUCUUUGCUGUCUACCGUACAUAGUCAUAUUCGAGUUUUGUUUUUGCAGUUUACUCGUCGGUAUUUCUGUGCUCACUGUCUACCUCAUUGACAUCUCUAGUAAUGAGCCAACAAUAGAAAGAGUCACGGCGCAUAUUAUUAUGAUAACUGUUGUCUUAAUACUGGGUGUCAGUGUAAUAGCGAACUUGUACACGUGGAAUCGAACGCUGCAAGCGCUGGUUUUCUCUCAGAGGCGACAUCUGCAACGUAGCAUUUCGAAAUUGGAGACGUUAAAGAGCGAAGGCUUCAUACAAACUUUGAGAAGCGAAGUUAGUUUAAUGACAGAAAUGGUAAAAUGUCUGGAUAGCUUUAUGACUCAACAGAGUAGGUUAGUGAUAAUUGUGGACGGUUUGGACAGUUGUGAACAGGAUAAAGUAUUAUUAGUUCUGGAUGCUAUACAAGCAUUAUUCAGUGAUAAUGGCUAUCCCUUCGUUGUUAUAUUAGCUAUUGAUCCACAUAUUAUUGCCAAGGCAGUAGAAGUCAAUAGUAGAAGAUUAUUCACGGAAUCAAAUAUCGGGGGGCACGACUAUUUGCGCAAUAUGGUGCAUCUUCCGUUCUAUUUGCAAAACAGCGGUUUAAGGAAGGUGAAAAUUGCUCAACAGACUGCCCAACACAGUAGAAAAACCACGUGGACCGAAGCCGAGGAGAGUGUUAAUUACACCGCCACUAGUACAAUGCACCAUUCGGUCUCCAAUCGACGGCUCAGUACCGAAUCCGGUAUAAUGAACAGCACCGAGAAGUUGAAACCACAAAGUAGAAAAGGCAGUAGAAAAUUACGACUAAGCGAGUCGAUCGCUAGCAGUAUUGGCAGCAAUUUAAAUCGCCUGGGCGGCGCGCAGGAUCUGAAUAAAAUGCUUCUCACCGACGAUUACUUCAGCGACGUAAAUCCUCGCAGCAUGAGACGAUUAAUGAACGUCGUUUAUGUCACUGGGAGAUUAUUGAAAGCAUUCCAAAUUGAUUUCAACUGGUACCACUUAGCCAGUUGGAUCAACAUCACGGAGCAAUGGCCGUUCAGAACGUCUUGGUUGAUCCUGCAUUAUGAUAUGUACGAGGAUAGCUUGGACGAUUCCAUGUCGUUGAAAAGCCUUUACGAUAAGAUACGCCCACAGAUACCAGUGCUUAAAGAAGUCCAACCUCUUUUGGAAAUGGACAGGGACGAACGAAAGCUGGACAUUUUCCUGACUUUCCAUCGUUCCAGUCUGUUGAUCAGCGAUAUGAAGAUAUUUUUGCCGUUCACGAUCAAUCUCGAUCCGUACAUUAAGAAAAAGAUCAAAGAGGAGCAACAGACCAUCGAAGAGGAGACAGGACUUGGGCCUUACAAACAGUACAGUCCUUGGACUAUGAAUACCAAUAGCCAAGAACAGUGGAGCGCAGCUAGACCUGGUUACACCAACCGCAACAUGAAAUUAAUUAGGGCACCGAGUCUGCAAGGACCUGCGCCGCCACAGGUUUCAGCGACGCCAUCUUGGUGCGUACAACCGUCAUACGAUUGGCAGGCACCACCUUGGGUACAAAUGCCCCCUAUGGAACCACCCACAAUUCAACCGGCACUUUCUGCGACAACAACUCUACCGUCCGAAAUUUUGGAGAUCAGACUUUCAUCUCUAACUGUGAACGGUGUUUGCGACCUUCUCGAUAGAAUUGAUAGUCUGAGCCCCAAUCAAGCACCACAGUACAAAAAUGUUAUUAAGGAUAAUAACAUUAACGGCAGGGUUUUACUGCACUGCGACUUACAUGAGUUGAAAAAGGUACUUAAAAUGACAUUCGGGGAUUGGGAAUUGUUCCGUAUGGUGGUCGCAUCACUUAGGGAAUUAGAAUUGUCGUCGUUUAGUACCCACGAGGAAGGUUCUCGUAGUGUCCGAUUUACCGUAGGAUCAGAACAAAUUCAGCGAAAGGAUCAUACUUUACAAACCACGUCAAUACGUGUACCUACCCAUGUCGAAAAAGAGAAAGGAACGUCGAGAACCGAUGGUGCUCCUAGGAGGGAUCAGAUCAAACAAUCCAUUAUGGAAAAACAAGUGACUUUAGAGGAGCAAAUGAUUUGCGGAGCGUUACAAACAUUAAACGAAGAAGCCUGCGAGGAUGUGUUAGAUGUACCAUCUCCUGCAGUGGUACCAACGGACUCACAUUCAGGAUCGACAUCGACGGGGGCUCAGGACACCGAUUACGUGAUCCUCCAGUCGAAUCCGCUUCUGCACUGGGUGCCGGUGAACGAAGAACCGGAAACGUCGGACGACAGCUCCCUGGAGUCCACCAUUCAUCUACAGCGUACCAAUUCACAGCGCAGUAUCACCUCUCAACUGAGCACAAGAUCGGCCUGUUCGUACGGUCGAAAAGACCCAAGGAAAGGUGGCGGUAAUGCGAACAGUAGCAGGCCCGCCUCUCUGUUCGUGUCUCCGCCCCCGUCGCCCAGGCCGGCGUUCAGGUCGAAAUCAACGGACGAGAAUUAUGUGUCGAAUAGCAUACCUCUUAAGCCAACAAUCUCGACGGCCAUCAAGAAACGACGAUCCACGUCGACGUUGAACGAGGAGAUAGUCAUAUCAGUGCCGGUUCCAAACACCAGUCUGGAAAAGCUGGGCAAACUGAAAGAUCGGCUGAUGGGCACACUGCCCGCCUCUCCUGCGCCCGGCGAGAGCGAGGACGAAUCAACGCCGUUGGUCUCGGAACUGUCCACGCCCACCCACUCGCAGUCGGACAGCGUAUUCAGACACGAUUGCAGCGAGGAGAACAGUAGCUCCGUGUCGUCCAAUAAAAGUUUACCGCGAGACGGCGAACGAUACGUGGACGUCGAUUAUCCGGACACGGUCUGCUUAAUGGUCCGUGAGACCACGCAUCCGCGAUUUCUGUCGCGACAAGACGCCGAGGAAUGGGACAACAACCCCGAGACACCUGUCUGAUAUAGUCUGUUGCCGGAGAAUCGUUAGCGAGUCUCGCGGUGAUACGCAAUAAUGUAUUAUACACGUCUGUACAUGCG